AUGGGUGCCAAUACGGACGAGGCUGAGGCUCCUGAAGCCGUGCCAAGGUCGCAAACCGUAUUGGUGUCAAAGAGUUCUGCCAUCCAAUCACAGCGGAGAUGGGCCUCCACGGAGGGUGAGAAGGAGGCCAAGUCCCGGGUUAUCUCUGAAACGGCCCCGGGUGCCGCAGAGCCGGCUAAUCUCACAGAGGCAACGGAAGAAGUCUUGCCUGCAGCCGAGACAAACGAGAAGCUUGUAGCUGAAGGAGAGGAUGUCACAAAAGACUCUGCCCCUGGCGCUGCCGAACCAGCAAACUUAACAGAGGCCACCGACGAAACACUCCCGGCUUCCGAGACCAACGAGAAUCUUCUGCCCAGAAGUCGCAGCGCUCACAGGGACUCUGCGCCAGCUAUUGCUGAGACAGCAAAUGCCACCGAGGCCACCGAGGAGACACUUCCAGCCGCCGAAAUCAACGAAAGCCUGGCCGCGGCCUCCUCGCCGAACCAGUCAGCGUCCGGCGCCCCGGCGGGAUGGAAUGGUUUAUUUGAGCGCAAACCAACUCUUUAUAUCGGCAACUUGUUCUUCGAUGUUACCGAGACCGACCUUGUGAAGGAAUUUGCACGAUUUGGAACGGUGACGAGAUGCAAGAUCGUCCGAGACACCCGUGGCUUAAGCAAAGGUUUUGGUUAUGUCGACUUCUCAACGCAAGAAGCCGCUGAUGCUGCCCUUGAGGCGCUCAACAUGCAACUCUUCGAAGGUCGUCGCAUCACUGUCCAAUAUGCUGCCCGCAGCAGUGGCAUCAUGGACACCCCAGCGGCUCCUCGCCGACCCAUGAACCCUCCUUCCAAGACUCUCUUCAUCGGCAACAUGUCCUUCGAGAUGACCGACCGUGACCUCAGUAACUUGUUCCGUGGUAUCAGAAACGUCAUUGAUGUCAGAGUUGCGAUUGAUCGCCGGACUGGCCAGCCAAGAGGCUUUGCUCAUGCCGAUUUCAUCGACGUCAAGAGUGCUAUGGAAGCUGCCAAGGUGUUGUCAGAGAAGGAGAUCUACGGCCGGAAACUGCGUGUCGACUACUCGUUCAGCUCUUCCUCCCGAGCACCGAGAAACGAGACCUCUACCGGCUCCGAUGAUGUUCCUCCUGAAUCCCAAUAA